UUUUGACGUUUCUUGGCUGUCUGUCUCUGUCUUAAAUAAAAAAUUGAAGCAAAUCGUGUGAAAGUUUUCAGUAAAAUCGAUAAACUCACCGUUUCCUUCAUCAAAACAUUAAUAAUUAGUGUGUUUAUUGUUUGCAAGAGACCCUUGUAACGGUCGAACUGCCGCUGUGAACGAAAUCCGUCCUUCCACAAUAGUGCUUACGUGUGUACAAAGUAUCGGUACCAAAUCGUGAUCCCAUUGUUGUGUUCAGUUAUGAUAGUGUGAUUGGAGUAAAGAAUAAAGUUAAUCGGCUUAGUUAUGAAUAAAAAGCCCGCCCGUACUGGUCCGAAAAUACGAAUAACCCGAGCGGCGUUUCGACUGAAAAAGAGUGACGACCCUCCGCUAUUCCAACCAAGGGCGGCCGAUGAGCAUAAAUACAUCUACACCUGCCAGUAUUGCAGACUAAAAUUCACUCAGAACAGCCAGUUCUUCCGCCACAUGACGUCCAAUCACGAAACUCAACAGAAACAGGCUACUUUCGAGUGUAAUAACUGUCAAGUCGUGUUUUCUAAGAAGGCAAACUUGGAUUUGCACUGCCAGACUCAUCAUCAGGUGAAGAGUAAGUCGAGAUGCGAGUCGUGCGCGAUCACAUUCAAGUCCAGGCAUUGCCUGAGGCGGCAUUUGAAGCUGAAGCAGCUUAUGUCGGAGAAUGCAUGCUUGUACUGCCAUAAAAAGUUUACCAAUAAGGAUCGUUUAGCGAAACAUGUCAAGAACAAGCAUACGUUUAAAAACGUGACGCAUCAAUGUGAUAUCUGCUCCGUUAAGUUUAAGGAGAAGGAGUCGCUGCUGAAUCACCUGAACCGCAUACACAAGAAGUUAUGAUUCAGGAAACGCAUUAUAGUUUCAUAAUUAUUUGGGUUUCUCGUUGUUCUGUUUUUUCGGUUUAUUGUGUAAGUUAGCAGAGCUUAAAAUCUUUAGGGUCAUUCCGCGGCAAGAGUAACAUGAGUCACGUUUUUCUGGCAUGUUCCAUUUAUUCAUGAUCAGUGAUCGGAACUGUGGGAGCAACACUUGCUAAUCGGACAUUAUAGAGUGCUUACAGCCAUGAAAGUAUUAAUAUCCUUGUAUUAAUAUUGGAAAUCUUGGAUUCAGGUAUAGAA